GAGAGGCUAAGAGUAACUAAGAUGCGGUCGAGAACAGCCGCGAAGGGCAACCGAGGGAAUGUUUAAUCCUUCCCACCACCACCUCAAGUCAAGUCGGUAGAGAAACAGCAGAAUGGGCGAGUACAUCCUGGGCUACUCGACGGAGGAGUCUCAAAGGCUCGAUCUCCAGCACGCCGCCUACAAGACGAUUCUCGGCGGGCAGCUCUUGUCUCGCGAUGUGGAAGCGGCCGCCAGGCGAGGAGAGAUCAGCAAGGUCCUCGACGUGGGCACGGGCACGGGCAUCUGGUGCCACGAUGCGCUAGCCGAGCUAAAGGCCCUCAAGACCGACGAGGGACAGUACCAUGUCGUCGGAUCAGACGUCGCCGAGAGCGAGCAGUGGGGCCAGCACGGCGGAGCGUCGACGACGUUCAUCAAAGCGGACCUGGGUGAUGCGGAAGCCAUGGCCCAAAUUGGAAAAGACCAUGGACCAUUUGACUUGAUUCACUCUCGCCUCAUGAUUAUUCCGAUCAAAGACGGCCAGUGGGAAUCUUAUCUUGCGACAAUCUCUAGUCUGCUCCGGUCAGGUGGCUAUGUUCAACUGGAGGAGACGGAUUUCGGGUACUCGCAGUCUUGUCGCCCGGAGCGUGAGAGCGUUGAGCCCGUCAUCAUUGCGCAAGCGGUUGCUCGAGGCGUAGGAGGUGACCCAAUGGUUGCACAACGCCUCGCCAAUUACAGCAUGAAGUCUGGCUUCUCCAACGUGUCAAAGACAGUCCACCACGCCCAGAUGUUUACCACGGCUUCAGAUGGCACUCGAAUCAGCAACACAGUCAUCGGCGACUGGGUGCACAAGUCGUACGUGGCGUUGAAGACACACUUUCUUAAAGUUCGCCAAUUGCCCAACUAUCACGAGCUUCUCGACCAGCUGCCGUCCGAGGUCGUCAAGAAGGCUGGUGGAAGGCCUCAGGACCUGCUCAAGGACGAGGCAGAGUACGAGGACCACUUGCAGAGAGAGCACAAUGUCCGUCUCGAGGACCCGUUAUGGCACGUCGACGUUGUCGUGACCACUGGGCAAAAGCUGGCCUCUUGACUGUAUCUCUUUGCCGAUCCGAGUCUUCCAAUCUUAUGAGAAGAGCAGGGCCCUUUCAAGUGUUGCUGAGCGUGUGUCAUAUGUGCGAAGUUCCAGGGGCUGAUCGCUUCCACUUCAGCGCGGAUUUGACGAGACAUUUGCGGGCUGAGCGAGAAAAGAUGAGGCGUUAUUCAAGAUGAUAGAUUAUUAUCGACAGUGCAAUCGUCGAGCAAUG